AUGCAAGACGCCCAAGCGCCUGGCGAGGGCGCGCUUCCCUCACAAGCUCAAGCCUCGCCGCCUCGCCAGAAGCAGUCGACACUGGCUUCCAUUGCCAUUCAGUCCUUCGCUGUCUUUCGCUCCCAGACAUCGUCACAGCCUGUCCCUAUCGCCGUCCAGUCGCCGGUUCGACGCAAGCCCCUCCCAGCAGACUCGCCAAUCCCUGCUCGCUUUUCUCAGUCGAAUCUGCGCUCGAACAGCAUUGCCAGUAAAGACAAUCCCCCGACUAGUUCAGUCCUCUCGCCGCCCUUGACCGACGAGGGCUUGUUCCUACCCAGGAACCUUGACAGCAACCCACACGGAGCCACGCCCUUGACAGGAUCCGCGCCCAAGCCGUUCGAGCCCCGCAAAAGCUCCCUCUCCGUUACAGCCUUGAGUCCCAUUGUCUACCCUCCGCGGCAUGAGAGGUCGGUCAGCAGCGUCCAGCCACAGCGACCGACGAGAGCAGGAGACCUGAAGGCGCACGCUCGCUCACCCACUAUGCCCAAUAUGCCUCUGUAUGCCUCCGAAACACGGUCAGGACCCGAUCUCAAGAUUAAGCUAGACGGCGUCACGGAGGACUUUAUGGAUGAAUACUCUUACGGUGCCGAAGACGACGCGCCGCGCGACGUUACACAACAAGGCAAGCCCAAAUCUCCCGGCGGCGGGUUCACUUCCUUCUUUGGCUGGAACUCAUCGAGACCCCAAAACGGCGCCGACUCGCCGGCUACCACAUUCUCACUGUCCCCAACUGAUUCUCCGCGAAACAAACAAGGCAACAUGCCUGCCGAGACAAAACCCAAUGGUUUGGAUAUUCCCGCUGCCAACUCGCUAUCUUCAUAUUUCAACGUCCCUGGCACACCGCUUCUCUCAUCAUCGCCCCAAAUGAAUGCUCACGUCGAGGAACUUGAGCGCGAGUUGCGCGAAGUCAGCUCUGAGCUGGCUGCCUCAAUUCAGAGAGAAAUGGAACUGGAAGACGAAGUCGAGCGCUGGAAGGCCGAAAGCGCUUCGGUCACGUCUCCAGACAACAGGAGAACAAGCGACUACUAUUCGGACUCAGGAAUAAGCUCCAUUCGAUUUCCCAUCAGUGAUCCCGAGGCCAAGCUGGAAGAAAUAGAUACACAACGCAGGAAGGCAGAGCAAGAGCGUGCUUCUUUGAAGGUGCACAUGGCUGAGCGCCUACAAGAUGAGCUGAGGCGCCGCAGAGAUUUAGAAGAGCAGGUACAGCAACUCGAAGAUCAGGUUACCGACCAGUCUAGAGCAGGGUCUAUGGUGGAAGGGCCCCGAGUCAAGGAACUAUCGAUGUCGCUGGAGGAUGCGAGAAGACGUUUGGCGGAAGAGAGACAGGUCAAGGAGAACUUCGAAGAUCUAUUGACAGCCUUGCGGGGAGAGCUUGAGAAGCAUCGCAACGAAGCCGACAACCUGCGGGAAGAAGUGGUCCCUCAGCUACAAUCACGACUCCAGGUCCUCGAAGCAGAGGCCGCCGACACAGAGAGGCUUGUGUACGAGACCACACGUAUGCAGCAAGAGAUACAGCAAUUACGGACCGAGAACCAAGCGCUUGCUAUUGCACAGAAGUUACAGCAAGAGGCGCCGCAGCCACCGCAGCCAAAUCUUGGCUUCCAGUCAAUCGCCGAGGAGGAGAACGAUGGCCCACCAUCGAACCUACGUCUUGGCUUGACACGCUCAAACUCCCUUGCUCGCAGUACUGGCUUCAACCCCAAGAGAAAUUCGCUCAUGCGAUCGAACUCCGUCAAAGUUAGGUCAGGUGAUGCUUCUCCGGUAGAAGUGCCAAAUGUCAGCAACCCAGUGAAAGAUUUAGAGGAACAGCGUGACGCGCUCCACAAAGCUUUAAAGCAUCUCCUGCACCGACAGGAGAUGCAACAAAGAGAUUUCCAGAGACGUAUUAAGGAGCUUGAAGCUGAAAGGGACGCUGCUCUUAACUUGACGCCUCGUCGAACCGCGUUCCAUAGAGAGGUUGGCGAUCUGAGACAGGAGGUUGAUGCACUUCGACGUCGUGCAGAUGACGCACUGGAGCAGAAGUGGCAAUGCGAAAAAGGUCUAGGCGGACUACGAAUGGAUCUUGAUCGAGCACAACAAGAAACGAGCUCUCUCCGCGAGCUCCUUCGUGAGCACGACAUCACGAUCCCUGAAAUCCGCCUUGAGAACGAGCCCAUCUCACUCGACAAAGCAUACAGCGAGCUUCAAACAACACAAGCCCUGUCUCUCGCACGUAUCCAGCAGCUGGAAAACAGCGAAAGCGGAUCCUUGGGCGCUGCCAGUGCUGAGGCUGAGCGAACGCUUGACCUCUUGAAGCGCAGCAUCUCAGAUGCAGAGGCGGAGCGUGACUUCGCUAUGAGCGAGGCUGAGCAGUACCGCCAGCAAGCACGUCAGUUGCAAAAGUCGGAGCUUGAACACCUUGGCAAAGAGCAGAAACUUAGCACCGAAUUGUUUGCUGCAGCGGGUCGUAUGGAUGAGCUUUCCAACAGGAUUCAGCGACAGCUUGAGGCCAAUGGCUCCUUACGCGCGCGAUUGACCGACGCAAUCUCUCGCGGAGAAAAAGAACAGCAGAAGUCAACAGAGCAGAUUAUUGAAUUAGAGCGACGUCUGAAGACAGCGGAGGAUAAAGUCAUGCUUGCUCAGCAAUCAUCCGAAGAGGCUAUUGCUAAGCAUGAGACGGAAGUUCAAGCCAUCAAGGAGAGCCACAGCAACCAUCUCCGUCGCGUCAAGAGUGGCUUGCUGAGCCCGUCAGCCUUCUCGCCGAAGAUGCCAUCCUCGCCAGUGUUUUCUCAACGGUCUCCUCGCCUGGACAUGACCACAAGUGGACCCGCUAUGACUAUGGCCGAAGCCACCAAGACGGAACUGCUCGAGAAGCGUGUCGAAGAGCUUGAGAGAGCUCUCCGUGACGCCGAUCGCGAGAUGGAAGAGGUCGUUAGCCGUAUGAACAUUGCUCAGAUUGAGGUUGCUGAGCUUCAAUUUGAAAAGGACGAAGCCCUCCGCCAGACACGGAGACUGCAGGCUGACAUUCUCGCUGAGCGCGAGAAAGUCAAAGCACUGAUGGCCUCCAACGAAUAA